AUGGGCGGAACAAACGGUCCGGGUUCGAAUCUUGAAGACGACGAAACUUUAGCGACGCCGCUGGGGAUUAGGCGGAAAGCGUGGGCAGACGACGACGACGAGACCGAGGGGGAAGACGAACCGCUCAGCACGCGGUCGAUGCCUUUGAAGGGCGGUAGCGGGGGGACGAGGGGAGGGCGGAAGCAGAUUGGCGGAGCGGAGUCGGAAGACGAAGGCGGAAGUGCGCGAAGGGAUUCGCGCGCGCGGGCGCAGCAGUGGCGGGUGGCAGUGGUGGCGGCGGAUGAUGACUUGGCGGCGGACGCCGCGCUGCUGCGCGAUUGGUUCAACGUCUGCGGCAACACAAGGGCGCUCUCCGCGUAUCUGCAGAAGGGCGGUGGGAAGAAGGCUGCUUCUGAUGAGUCUGAUUUGAAAUCUCGGGUUGCAGGAGGUACAGAAGCAACACAGGUGGAUGGAGGGCUGGGAGGAACGGAUGCAGGCAACAAGGAGUUCCAGAAUGUGCAGCAGCUGCAGCAGCAGCAGCAGAAGCAGCAGAAGCAACUGCUGAAGGAUGGCUCAGUCACUGUGGCAAAAGAGGGGGCUUUUGGGGCGGCUCAGAAGCCGGUUCGUACAGGUACAUCAGCCCAAACACCCCAAACACCCCAAACACCGCAAGCAUCGCAAGCAGUGCAAACACCGCAAAUAGCCAAAGCAGCACCUCAAGCAGUGCACGCGCCUCAGGCUCCUCCGGCUUCUCAGUCCCCUCAGGAGCCACAGAAUCCGCAAGAUUCCCCUAAUCUGUUUGAUUUCCUUCGAGAUCCACGGCUCACAGCCACCGUGCCAAAAGAGGGCGGUGCUUGGAUUACCGCCGCAGCAACAGGAGCAGCAGCUUCAGCAGGAUCAAGAGCAAGAGCAGGGGAAGGAGCAGCAGGAGCAGCAGAUAUGCCUCAUUCCUCCAGGUCAUCCCUGUCACCCAAACUCCACGUGGACGUAUCUGGGGAAGGUGCUACCUGUAUUGGACAGGGGCCAGCUGAGAGGGUUUCGCCCAUGGAGAGGGAUGGCAGAGGGAGCAGGCAGCACCAGGAGAGCCAAGUGCUUUCUAACCCUGAUGGGAGGAAAUCAUCUGCUUCUGCUGUCUCUGUAUCUGCUCCCACCUCUCCUAGAGCAGCAACCAUACCUGCCCUGCUGUUUCCAAGCCUCACUCCCCCUACCCACCUGUCGCCUUCUCUAGGGAAGGGCAGUCAGGAGCGUGGCGAGGGGGGGGUAAGGGAAGGCAUGCUGCGGGCGGAGGGGGGAAGGAAGGCUCAGGAGCAUGUACAGAGCGGAUUUUUGAAAGGAUUGCAGCAGGUGCCGAGUGGAGAGCAGCAGCAGCAGCAGCAGCGGCAGCAGCAGCAGCAGCAGCAAGGGAGGAAGAAGAAAGGGAUGCCUCCUGCUCCAUCACUCGCCAUUGCUUCCUCGUCCUGGGAAUCGGAGCAGUCUUCUCGCAAGCUGUCGCGCUCCCAGUCAUCUAACUCCGUUGCCGCAACGGCUCGUGUUUCCCCGUCGCCCCGCCUGCUGCUGCGGUCACCAUCUGCCCUCUCUGCAAGGCGGAAAACCCCGGUACCACCGGACCAGUCUUCUAGCAUUGGUCACCCCAACGCCGAGUCAGACAAGAAAGAUGUGGCCACCCCCCUCCCCCCUCUCCCCUCCCCUCCCCUCUUCCAUCCUCGUUACUCACCUCGUACCUCCGGUGCUGCCGUAACUUCAUCUGUGGCUCCGGAGGAGGAACUGAGGGCGCAGGGGGCGGGCGGAGGGGGAGGGGGGCGCAGAAGGCGCAGCAGACUUGAACUUCCCCCGCCCCACUCCCCCCCCUCCCCCGACCCUUCAUCCCCCAGGUGCCUCAGGGGGGAAGAGGGGGGAGAUGAGGAGGAGGAGGAUAGACGGCAGCAGCUGCGGCGGCUGAAAAAGGAGGAGCAGCAGAGGCAGCAGCAACAGCAGCAGGAGGCGGUGCGUGCAAAGGCCGAACAGCAGCAGCAACAGCAGGUCCGGCCCGAGCCUGACGAUCCAGGCUCGGGCGGAGGCACGGGGACGUUCGACAUCCAAAAGGUGGUCAGCUUUCCCCUGAAAGUCCUAGUAGACGCCACCAACACUUUCGCCUCGGGCAACCAUCUCGGGCAGGGUACCUACGGAAUGGUGUACAAGGCGAAAUUACCCUCGGGGGACGUGGUAGCGGUGAAAAGAGCCAAGGCGGACCGGAAGCAGGAUGCGGGGAAAUUCCGAAAGGAGAUUGAGCUGCUGUCUCGGGUCAGCCAUAAGAACCUGGUGCGGCUGGUGGGGUACUGCAGGGAGGGAGGAGAGCAGCUGCUGGUGUAUGAGUAUGUGGCGGGAGGAAACCUGUCUCAGAACCUCAACCCGACCUGGAGAGAACGUGAGGAGGGAGGAGAGCAGCUGCUGGUGUAUGAGUAUGUGGCGGGAGGGAACCUGUCUCAAAACCUCAACCCCACCUGGAGAGAACGCCACAGUCACCCCCCACUGAACUGGACGGAGAGAUUACUUAUUGCAGCGGGCAUGGCACGAGGAUUAGCGUAUCUGCAUGAGGAGAUCAACGUGCCGUUCAUCCACCGGGACGUGAAGCCCAGCAACAUCAUGAUCGACCGCCACGUGGUGGUGGCUCCUGGCCCUGUAUCCCCCACUUUCCCCCCCUUUAUCCCCUCCGCUCUCACCUCCUUUCGCCCUCUCUCCCAACCCCACAGGCCACAGCCGGCCGCCACUCAACUGGACAGAAAGACUCCUCAUAGCAGCGGGCACGGCGAGAGGACUAGCUUAUUUGCACGAGGAGAUCAACGUGCCCUUCAUCCACCGGGACGUGACCCCAUUCUUUCCCGCUUAUCCCCUCCGCUCUCCCCUCUCUUUGCCCUCUCUCCCAACCCCACAGGCCACAGCCGUCCCCCACUGAACUGGACGGAGAGACUCCUCAUAGCAGCGGGCACGGCGAGAGGACUAGCUUAUCUACACGAGGAGAUCAACGUGCCUUUCAUCCAUCGGGACGUGAAGCCCAGCAACAUCAUGAUCGACCGCCACGUGGUGGCCAAGAUUGCUGACUUUGGCACGUCCAAGCCCAUGACUCCUGAGGAGCUGAGGAAGAUGUCAGUCACCAUCCAAGGCACUGCUGUGAGUGCUCUUUCCUUCCUUGAGUAUAUUCCUCCCAGGUUGUGGGAUGAGGGGCUGCAAGCCCAGGUUGCAUGCACCAAGUCACGCCUUACCCACGCUGGCACGUCCAAGCCCAUGACUCCUGAGGAGCUGAGGAAGAUGUCAGUCACCAUCCAAGGCACCGCAGUGAGUGCUCAUCGCCACAUUACAAGGCAGUCCCUCCUUCUGUGCUCCCUCCAUUCCCCCUACGUCCCCGCUCCUUCCGCCCACCCCUCUCCCCUCGCACUCACUCCCUUCAUCCCACUCGCCCUGCCUUUGUUUGCCCUCCCUUCCUUGUGCCUUUUCUCCACUCCCCAGGGCUACUGCGACCCGGACUAUCUGCGCACGGGGCACUCCUCCAAGCGCAUCGACGUGUACUCGCUGGGCAUUGUGCUGCUCGAGCUCCUCACUGGCAAGGGCCCGCACAAAGUCAACCGCCCCUACCGAUUCGAUGUGAAGGAUCGGUUUGACAGGGGGGGCCUGCCAUCCAUCGUAGACCCAACCAUGGGGCUGUACCCUGCAGACGAGCUGCACCACGUCUUCGACCUUGCACUACGCUGCACUGACAUUCAGAACCCCGCCGCCCGCCCCUCCAUGUCCCGAGUUGUCGCCGAGCUAGAGGCCGUUCUCGAGCCUGAGGCAAUUUCCCGCUUCAUUUCCUCUGGACCGCCGUCCCACGGCUCGGCGGACUUCCGUGCCGCGUCGUCAGGCUCGGGAGCUGGUCCGGGUGGGGCGGGGCAGUCGCGGUUUGCCGGAGCUGGGAAGCAGGUGGGGCAGGGUGGUGUAGAAGGGGGGGCAGGUUCGGCGGCGGCAGCGGGGGUAGCAGGUUUGGCAGUGGGAGGUACGGCAGGUGCAGCAUUGGCUGCAGCAAUCAGCUCUGCCUCUCCCUCCCGUGCUGAUGAUGCUGGUUCCCCUCACAAUCCAGAACCUCCUAACCCUCCCAACCGCUCUCAACCGCAACCUACCCCUCCUCCGGAUGCGCCUCUUCCUCCCUCCUCGAAAAGAACACCUGGACCCCCAGCAUACAAGGGCCGAGCAGCAGGGGCAGCCGGAGCAGCAGCAGGGGCUGCUGAAGCUGCUGGUGGGGAUAUUAGGGGUGUGAGGGAUAGAGAUCCUGAUGAUGCUUAUGCUCCAACAGGUCAAAACGAUCCAAGAAUUGAUCCAAGAAGCACAGGUGGAGGUGGAGCGUAUGUUGUGGGUCAUGAUGUAGGCGUCCAGAUGAAACCUGCACCAGUUGCAGCGUUUCGAGGGGCGUCGGCAGCUGCUGGGGGAGGCGCAACUGGAGCAGGUGUUACUCUACCAAGUGUGGCUGGUGGGAAUGCAGGUGGAAUUGUUGGUGGCACUGGUGUUGUUGCUCCUCCUCCUGGUCAAGGAUACAAUAUGGGAGAGAGAUUUGGUGCGGGAGGAGGAGGUGGAGGUGAGAUGGGUGGAGAGCGGUAUGAGGAGGGCAUGGAUGCGUCGUUCGAUUCUAGCGGGUUUGAUCGCAGCGGGGUUUUCAGUUAUGGGGCCAUGCCGCCGGCUUAG